CAAACAGUAGCUGUAUGUGUUGUUUUGAUAAGCAGCCUCUGAAACAGAGCUUUGAAUGGCAUCCACAGUUCACAACAAAACAAGAGAGGAUGCGUCAGUUAAAAGGAUUAUCGGGUGUUUCCUGGGGUCAGUCAGUGCAUAAUAUACUCCCCCUUUUACGCUGGAGCGUCUCAGCCAAUGCGCAACAGCUGUUAAUCAUCUCAGAGAGGUGGAGUACUAGGAGCCCUGUAGCCCCAGAGACACAGCACUGUAUAUGCCUUGCCAGUGUGGACAGGGAGUGAGGUACAGCACUCUGGGUGGCUUUAUUGCACUGUAACUUGCAAGUGUAGGGAUUUUUUUAUUGCAGUGUUAACAUACUCUUGGUGAGCAAGAGUGGCUAGGCUAAUGUCAAGCCCCAUAGCCAUAGUCUAAGUCUGCACUGCCCACUAAGCCUGGACUUUGAUUCGGAUUUGAACUCAAGCCCCUCUUCUGUCCACAUACAAAUCAAUCUGGCUUGGGUUAGGAAGCACUCAGGACCCAAGUCCCAGCACCCUGCUAGAGGGGAGGGUCAGAGCCCAAGUCCCAGUCUGACUCAGGGCCCAAGACCUGUCAUUUUCAAUGUGGAUACAGCUGCCGCUGCAGGUCCAAUUCAGAUUUAUGGACAAAAGUCAUGUUGGAAGCCUGCUGUACAGUUUUUCUUUUCCUUUUCUGCUAUCAAGAUGCCUCAGCAGAAGUUCACAGAGAAGGACAUUAUGUUGCUGCUGUGUACGAACAUCGACCCAGACUGAGUCCUAACCCAGCAACCCUAACUGAUCGACGCUCUGCAUUAGAGUUGAUGAGCAGAAACUUAUAUAUAUAUGAAGAGCAAGUAAUAGCUGCAGCCAAACAGGGUGCACAGAUCAUUGUAUUUCCUGAAGAUGGAAUCCAUGGCUUCAACUUCACCAGAGAGAGCAUCUACCCUUAUUUGGAGUUUGUUCCAUGUCCCCAGUCUGUGAAAUGGAAUCCAUGCAGAGAGCCAGAUCUGUUCAGCGAUACAGAGGUUCUUCAGCGACUGAGCUGCAUGGCACUGAGGAGCAAAAUGUUCCUAGUGGCAAACAUAGGAGCUAAGCAGCCCUGCGAGUAUAAGGAUCCUCUCUGCCCACCUGAUGGGAGAUACCAGUUUAAUACUGAUGUGGUAUUCAACGCCAAUGGUACUCUGGUAGCCAGAUACCGCAAACAAAACCUGUAUUUUGAAUAUGCUUUCAAUAUACCUCCAGAGGUUGAUCAUGUGCUUUUUGAUACACCUUUUGCUGGCAAGUUUGGCAUGUUCACUUGCUUUGAUAUGCUCUUCUAUGAGCCUGCUGUAAGCCUGGUCAAGGAAUACAAUGUGAAGCAGGUUGUGUAUCCGACUGCAUGGAUGAACCAGCUCCCACUCCUGUCUGCUGUAGAAUUUCAACGAGCUUUUGCAACUGCUUUUAAUAUAAAUGUUUUGGCAGCUAAUAUCCACCACCCUGCACUAGGUAUGACAGGUAGUGGCAUAUACACACCAUUAAAGUCUUUCAUCUACCAUGAUAUGGAAAGUCAUGAUGGGAAGCUUAUAGUAGCAGAGAUCUCUGUGAUGACACCAGAGCAUGAAUCCCAUCUGGAGAGCAAUGCAAAACCUGGAAAGAGCAUUGAAUACCCCCACAACAAUUUUGCAAGCCUUCACAUCGAUGAUCAGGUUUGCAAUAAGAAGGAACAAGAGGCCCACUGCUGGGUAGCAGAAAAAGACAAAGAAGGAGCCCCUCUGAUAUUUUACAGGGAGAUGAUGUAUGACAAUUUCACUUUGGUUCCUGUAAGGGGAACUAAAGGGGAGCUACAGGUUUGUGCUAACACCCUCUGUUGUUAUUUAAGUUACCAGAGACCUACUAUAUCUGAUGAAUUGUAUGCUUUGGGUGUCUUUGAUGGGCUUCAUACAGUCCAUGGCACAUACUAUGUUCAGGUUUGUGCCUUAGUGAAGUGUGGUGGCCUCAGUUAUAGCACCUGUGGGCAGGAGGUCACAGAUGCCACUGCUUUGAUAGAUUUUCAGCUGGGGGGAAAUUUUAGUACUUCCUAUAUCUUUCCUUUACUGCUGAUGUCUGGUAUUAAUGUAGACUUCACUGAUCACUUGGGUUGGAAAAACAACUACUAUUUCAUGAGUAAAAGUGGACCGUCCUCUGGUUUAGUGACAGCUGCUUUGUAUGGACGAUGGUAUGAGAGAGACUCGUGCAGAUUUGACCAGAAAUCAAGCUAGGCUCCUAAAAUAGAUGGCCUUCUUUUCAGAGGUGCUGAACACCCACACCUUUUAGGACUUCAAUUAUGUAUGCUUAGAACAUGACUAUUAUUAGACUUCCAAGUUUGAAAAUAUUGACCAAAGCGCUUUAUCCAACAAAUAGGUCACAAUCCAUGGUCUGUACCUUGCUAAUAUUUCAACUACCAGCAGCAAUAAAACCACCUUAUCCCUCAGGAAAAAAGGGUCAGCGUAAAGUGUGACAAGAUGUUUUAUGUUAUGAAAAUAUAGUACUCAGUUGGACUCCAUGCUCUGUUUUUAAUCUUAAAAGGUGAUAAAGAGGCAACUGUAAGUAAUUCUUUGGGACUCCUUUAUGUGUAUCUUAAAAUCUGAAUAUUCAGUUAUAAAAUAGCUUCCUACUUAGACUUUUGCCAUUAAUAUUGAUCAUUCUACCUCUGGAUUAAAAAAAACACUGCUAUUCCUAUUUUAACUUCUGCAUAGAUUAUUGAUGAGAUCAAUCUAGAUGGAGAUGACUAAUAAAAAUAUGCCCUAAGCAUGAUGCAUACGAAGUAAACAUGGUUAUAAAAAGCAACUGCUCUAGAUUUCUUAAUGUUUGCUGAUGGAUACUGCAGCAUUUAAGUUGUAUUGGCUAUCAAAUAUAAAAAGUAAUGGCUGUCACUCAA